CAUAGAGCUGCAAAAUAAAAUACAUUAAUUAUAUAGAUCAACUAAAAACACACAACUUAACAAAUAAAGGAAAUCCUAACUUACAGACUAAAAUAAUGAAUUUGCAAUCUAGCAUUUGAUUAGAAAAAUAUGUCUUUUUACAUCUAUUGAUGAAGAGGCUUUAGAACACAAGUGCAUAACUAGGGCAAUUCAUGUACCCACAAGCUAAAGAUAAGAAUUAAAAGCAAAGAUAAUAGUUAAAGAUAAAGAUAUUAACUAGGUAAAAUGUUAGCCAGUCCACCAUCUGUGUCGUCGCCCCUGAACCUUCAUCACCAGGACGGCUCAGGCAUGUACUCCCCUGACAAGAUGAUGGCCUCGGCCGCCGCCGUGUCCGCGGCCAAAGGAGUGUCCGCCAACGGAGGAUUCCACUCAGGAAGAUACAGUCCAUCCUUCAGGAGUCCUGAUCCUAGGAGGUGUAACACCCAGGAGUGGUCCGGCUACCCCGUCUCCCUGCAGCAGUUUUCGUCGAUGUUGCUGCCGUACCAGAAGGCGGGGUACGGAGGCUCCUACCAGGACCACUCCAGACAAUCCAAUGAACAGGAGGACUACAAGCCCCUACCGCUGGGCCCCCAAGGUCAGCUCUUCGGGGGCGGGGGGUUGGACGAGCUGAGCAGAGCUGACCUCGCUGACAAGCACCAGACCCCCGGGGUGGGGGCGCUCAAGCCCCCCGACAUGAUGUACCACCCCGGCAUGGCCUCCACCCCCCACACGCCCCCCUCCAGACCCCCACAGAUGGGUCACCACAGCAUGGAAGGCCUGGAGAUGCUAGACCCAAUUAACUCGUCAGCCAUGACUACCCUCACCCCCAUGAGUGACGGCGGGAUGAUGCAUGGAGGAGUAUAUUCACACUCACCCAUGAACAGCAUGAUGGGACACCCAGGCCUACCUCAUCCACACAUGCCUUUAAGCUACCUGCCCAGCAUGCACGACACCGACACCGACCCCCGCGAGCUGGAGGCGUUCUCUGAGCGCUUCAAGCAACGGCGCAUUAAACUGGGCGUCACGCAGGCCGACGUCGGCAAGGCGCUCGCAAACCUCAAGCUUCCAGGCGUAGGCGCCUUGUCCCAGUCAACGAUAUGUCGGUUCGAAUCACUGACGUUAUCACACAACAACAUGAUUGCUCUCAAGCCCGUCCUGCAAGCCUGGCUUGAGGAGGCCGAGGCUCAAAUGAGGAACAAGAGAAGGGAUCCCGACGCCCCAUCUGUACUACCCAUGGGAGAGAAGAGAAAACGCACGAGCAUCGCCGCUCCUGAGAAGCGGUCGCUGGAAGCCUACUUCGCUGUCCAGCCACGACCGAGCGGCGAAAAGAUUGCAGCCAUUGCCGAGAAACUCGACCUUAAAAAGAACGUCGUCAGGGUUUGGUUUUGUAAUCAACGCCAAAAACAGAAAAGGAUGAAGUUUGCGGCGACUCAGAAACACAUGAGCAACGGACCAUCCGGUGGGAUGCAGCACCCAGUGAUGGGGGGGAUGAUGGGUCCCCACAGCCACUUACCUCCUCACACUCCGGUUCCGUAGUGGUCAGCCUCCCCCACUCGUCGCCCCUCCUCGGUCAGACCUCACAUUUCCCCCGCCGCUUGCGUGCAGGGGAAUUCACAAGGACUUGCCAGUCCUUGGUCUGAUCAGCUGGGGGAGCGAUGGGUGGGGCAAGCUGCAGCGGCGGCAGCUUGGUAUCAGGGAUACCAGUAACCGAGCUCCUAACAGGGCUUGGGGACUGGUAUCACCAGCGAUAGUUAAUAGUGAUGAAAAUAAGUAUUUACUUUUUCACUCAUGAGGGCUGUAUAUAAUAAUGUCCGAUAGCCUCGAAGGCACUUAAACCCUCUACUGUUCUUAGCAAUGACAUUGUGCGUGCGAGACCAAAAUCGUCUGUGUGGGCGGUGGAAGGUCAAGCCGAGUAAACUGCUUAUCAGAACCAUGACGCGACUGAUGGUUUAGUUUGGAAGUGCAAGUGUAAUUCAUUCUAUUGUAAAUGAAUAUCAUUAAAACUGAAACCUGAACUUAACAAACUGUAACCUGAAGUUAACUGUAACUUUGAUCACGUACAUGCAGCUUCAAAGUCCCAACUCCUUGUUGUGGCUUCUGCAGAAGUCGAAGCUCGCAGCUAUUCUUAGUUUUUUCAUUGUGAUGAUAGUGCUACUAAUUCAGCUUCACCACCGACCAGAAUCAUGGACAUCGUUUGGGGUCAGGAAACAACUUGAAUUGAGAAGUCUUGACACUUCUUGGAACAUCUCAACAUCACUGGCAAUUCUAACCAGAUCGUUGGCUUUUCUGUCAGAACCUGGAAUGGCUAAAGAUUAAACCUGUGUCAGCAUAGUAACAACGCAGCAGAAAUAAAUAAAAAAACGAACUAAAUGGCGCUAAAGCGUACAUAUAGACCCAAGGCUGCAUGGUCUGCAUUACCAACCCCCAACCACUUUAAAACCCUCGAUGCGAUUAUAACAUUAAUCUCAAAUGAAUUUUCCAAAGAAAAACUAUUAAAAUAACGGCUCGGUACUAAAGUCAAAAAGACUAAAAGUGAUCCUUGACCAAUCAGUGCGAACGCCCCAAUUGAAAGCUCUGGUUAACAUAAGGUCGCAGUGUGGUGCAACAGAGCCUCUUGACGUGCUUGAAUUUUGACAAUCAUGCCUCAACCCGCUGGACGUAAGUGACAAGCGACGAAGUUAUUUACGUGAAUAGAUUCUUUUUACGAUCGAUGUCAUCGAAUAUUAAAUGAGCGUGUUGAAGAAUUCUUAUUGCGACCACAUAAGGAUAAUGAUUUCAUAAUAUAAGGUCACGUGUAAAAUAUUUCAUUCCAAGUGCAAUAUUUCUUUAUAUAUGUCAUGCCAUAGAUUUUUAACGAAGUCUAGUCAUAAGAGAGUACUUUAAGUGAUACGUGUUAAUUAAUGAACAGAUUUUUCGUCCGUUUUUACGAGUAUAGUUAAGGAAAACAGUCGUACUGUGAAGGUGCAGUUUACUGUAACUUGCAGUGUAGUGUAAAUUACAUUGUACUGCGGGGUACAGUGAACAUUGAGGGUGCAGUGUUCUCAGAAUUUUCCUCUGUUUCUUAUAGAAAUAAGACGAGUUUACUAUAUGAAAAUGUUCCUUCGGAAUGCACAUCUUUUCUUAUUUUUCUAUAACUAUAUUAACCUAGACGACGGUUGUACGGCCACAUUCUAUAUGAUGAACGGUAGCCAGAGAUCAAGCGACAUUUGUGAGCAGAACGUUAGUUGUAGUUACCCAUAUAUAUACUUGGCAUAUUUCUAAUUUAACAUACAUUUGCCCACUCUCUGAGUCAUUCACAACCUCAAACUAAGAGCCAACAAAAAGCUUACUGGCAAGUUUUAACCAAAUAACUAAUUUAUUCGACAAAGUUCUUUCUUUUUAGUUCCCUCUAUAAACUGAUUGUGAUUCACUUUACUGACUUAUAAUUCGUUUAUUGAAAUCGAAUGACCCAUAUAGAUGAUCUCAAUUGUCAACAUGAAAUUUAUUCCGAGACAAGGACUGAUUUAUCACUUUACUGAUGAAUUAAGUGAUCCCUAAAUUGAACUUGAGAUUAGAAAGGGAAAUAAAAUAUCCAGUUGCAGGGGAUACAUCUUUUGUUAGGGAAUAUUGAGAGGGAAAUGUACAAGGUCAUUACAUUAGUUAGUUGUACUCACCCACGAAAGCCUACCAAAGAUUGUAAAUAUGGCGGGAAUAGAGCAGGCUAUGCUGCUCUGGCUCAAGCAUCUUUUUAUGUCUAUGUAUAUUAAUAUAUUGACGGAGAUCCUAUCUCCUGUUUCACUCAUAAUGCAAGAGGCUCGAUCUUUCGGUCCUUUUUUUCACGCUUAGCAUAAAAAAAUAUUAUUGCAAUCACGGCAAUUUCGUCGAAUAACGUUUCAAUUUUACGAUGGUAGUUAAUUAAGCUAUGUAUGGUUGACUCGCCCUAUGUCAUAUUUAUUAUGUCUGUUUACGGUCAAUAUCAAGUGAAGGGAUAAAGCGUUGUGCUUCAACUUUAGACAUAUCAUCGGAGGCCAGACAUAACUGUUAAUUGCCUGAGAUCGUGCUCCCAUCAUACCCGUUUACGAUAACCUUCCUACUUGAAAAUUAACGCUCAUAUUAUCCGAAAAUGUAUUUAAAUAGCGUAAAUUAUAUAAAAAAAUUUCAUUCAAUAAUUUUUUCUAUUAUUGAAGUGUAAAAGAACCAUGACUUUUCUUAUGGCCAAAAGAGAACUGGCGACCACCGUAGAACCUAUUAUCGUGAACGGUAAUUGUUUUCGAGACUACCAUCACUCAAGACGAUUACCAAGUUGGCCUAGCAUGGCGCUUGCAGUGUCAGUUUUGGGUCACCAGUGAGAGUACCAAGAGUGUCCCCAAGUGGGAUGUGGGGUUGAAUUUAAUGUUUUUCUCUUACGAAUUUGACUUCCCAAUCGCUUCCCCACGCCCUCUGCCUCACGGCCUCUGCCCCACGCCCUCUGCCCCACGGCCUCUGCCCCUCCCUCAGGACCCCAUGACCUAAUAGAGGUGCCCUCUCACCGCGAGGUCAUCUCAGUCAUUCAAUUUCAAUUUAACACUGAAAUUAUGAGUUCCUCUGCUAACAAGUUCAAGAAUUAGUUUCGAUAUUAAUUUUUGUACACUAGUCAUGAAUUUUCUAGGUAAUCUGGCUUAUUUAUGAUUUUUUUUAAUUCACAAAUUCCAUAACAAUAAAUUAGAUAUACAAUCUAGACAUGUUAUUAAUAUAACUUAUGUAGAUACACUGUUCGAUAAAUCACCGUUAAACGGUAUUACCGGCGUUUCAGCGGCCAGCCGGCAUUUGAAAAGAAACACCGUGAGGCCGUUUUUAUUCCAUCUUAACACAAAACCCGUACAACAUCUAAACAACGGCAUAACGGUUUAUUUUCAUGGGGCGGUCGGUCGCUAAAACUUCAGUAAGACCGUUUUUCACGUUUUUUUGAACAGUGUAACAAUCGUUGCAAAAAGAUUCCUGAUAAAUUUUUACAAAUUUUCAUCUGUAAUUUUUAUAACGUUAAAUGGUGCAAGAAAUCAUUGCAUUUAUGAAAUAAGCAAAUAACUUGCUGAAGCAGUGCACUUCACUGUCCACUUAAAGCAGUGAAGUUCAUAAAUGAUAUUUAUGCAUGUUCCUUCCCGAGUUGAGGUUGCCCAUCAGCGUGACUCCCUCUAAUUUUCAACUACCAGAACCCUAUAGAAAGCUGAACGUCCUCCUCCAUUUUUCAAGUUUCCUCCAAAUUUUGGAAGUAUCUUCCAAAUCUCAAAGUUUCCUCCAAAUUUUAGAAGAUUCUUCCAAAUCUCAAAGUUUCCUCCAAAUUUUAGAAGAUUCUUCCAAAUCUCAAAGUUUCCUCCAAAUUUUGGAAGUUCCCUCCAGUUCCCGUCCACUCUUGGAUAAUGGACAAACAUCACCACACGAGACUGAACGCGGACACGGAUGAAAAUUUCACAACGCUAUCCAAAUUUUUUAUUUGUGGACAAACGUGCGAAUGUUUAUACAUUAACAAAUUGCAAGUAGAUGUUGGCAUGCUACAUGUACAACACAAGCCACUCCUGGAUCAGGAAUUAUACACUCUAACACUCAUUGACACUCAGGCCUUUGUUCAAGAUCUUGUCAUGUGUUGUCUCUCAUUGUACGCAACCAUAUACAAGUUCUUGCCAUGUGGGGUCUACCAUUGUCUGCCACAAUGUCAAAGUUCUUGGCAUGUGUUGUGUACCUUUAUCAACAAUCAUGUUCAAGUUAUUGUGUCUCAUCUCCCAUUGUCUGCAUCCAUGUACAAUUCUUGGCAUGUAUUGUCUCCCAUUAUUAGCAGCCAUGUGCAAGUUCUUGUCAUGUCUUAUCUCACAUUGUCUGCAACCAUGUACAAGUUCUUGGCAUAUCAUGUCUCCCAUUGUCUGCAACCAUGUACAAUUCUUGGCAUGUCUUGUCACACAUUGUCUGCAACGCGAUCCAUCGUUCGGAAGUUUCUGAAGUGCCUCUCUUUCUAACCGUACGCAUUAUCUUCUGGUUGUUUUAGCAAUCGUCUGCAAACGUUAAUGUAUCGAUAGUGAUUGUUGGUAACUUUCAUUCCUUAGCUUCUAGUGCAUCCCUCCAUGUGUAUGAACAAAGUCACUAACUUGUAAAAAUUCUUAUUUCAAAGAACGUACCUAAUACAUUAAGAGAAUCUU